AUGCCACCCCGUCGCUCUGCCCGCAACGCCAAACCGGCCCAGGAAGCCGAGGAAACAACAACUAGCACCGGCGCUAAGAAACGUGACCAUAGCCCGGAGCAAGCUCCCGCCACGAAAAAGCCCCGCUCAACAGCCAAGGGCAAGAAGGCUACAACAGAGGACGUUAAACCGCAGUCUAAGGAUGAAGGCAUAAAAGACGAACCCAGCACCAGCGAUGCCAAACCCAUAUCUCGACGACGCGCCGGCGCCACACCUGUGGAUCCGUUUUCAGGACUGGAACACUCGCAUCUUGUCUAUAGUGAUCCGUCCGACGGGGAGACUUAUGCUGCCUUGUUGAACCAGACUAACCUCGAUGGUUCAAAUAAUAAUAACAAGUUCUAUGUGCUGCAGCUGUUGCAUCCCAAGAGCGACCCCGCCAACAUCAUAUUGUUUACCCGGUGGGGUCGAGUUGGUGAGAGAGGCGCAUCGCAAGAGAAAGGCCCAUUCCCUGAAAAACAGGCUAUCCAAGAGUUCAAGAAACAGUUCAAGAGUAAAACCGCUGCUGAUUGGGAAAAACGCAAAACGAUGGUGGCAAAGAAAGGAAAAUACACUUGGCUUGAACGAGACUUUGAGGCGGAAGUCGGAUCGGAUGACGAAAAGCAGGAUGAAUCGAACGUUAAAAAAGAAGAGUUGGAAGACGACGAUGAGCCAGAGGGACCACCUCCUGAAUGCACAUUGCACGAGCUUGUCCAAGAUGCUUGUCGUUUGAUCUUCAACAAAGAGUACGUAACUCAGCUUGGUGCCCUGAAGAAACUGUCCGAGGUGAUUGAUAAUCCAAGUGGCGACCUUGCAAAAGAGCUUGGCGGGUAUAGUAAGGCUUGCGCAGAACUCAGUGGGAGAUACUACUCCAUUAUUCCGCAUGAUUUUGGCCGGAAUAAACCAAUUAUUAUUGACAAUAAUGACACCCUCAAGCGAGAACUCGAGCUUGUGGAUUCGCUUGGAGACAUGUCGCUCACCGCCUCCCUUAUGGCUCCGAAGAAAAAGAUCAAAUCUACGCACGAAUUGGAUGCUCAGUUGGCCAGCCUCGAUCUCUUGUCGAUGGAUGUAGUCGACUCUAGUUCUUCAGAGUUUGCGGCUAUACUCAAGUACAGCCAAGAUACAUAUAAUGGCAUUGGAUUUUGCUACGGAAAUGGCGGGAAGCAAACGAAAGCAAACAUCCAUGCGUUGUUCCGUAUUGAACGUAAAGGCGAACAAGAGCGCUGGCUCGGUGGUGGCUGGGAUAAGGUCAAUCACGGCGAACGAUUGCUCCUAUGGCAUGGCUCCCGCUCUACAAAUUUUGCCGGUAUUUUAAAGCAAGGUUUGCGUAUUGCGCCUCCUGAAGCCCCCGUCACUGGAUACGAAUUUGGCAAGGGUGUAUACUUUGGUGAUAUGCUGGCUAUCAGUGCCAACUAUACACAUUGCCACCAGAGUGCCGGUAUGGGCUUGCUGUUACUCUGUGAGACCGUCACAAAACCAUACCACGAGGAAUACGGCUUCAACUUUCAAGCGGACAAGACUAGCAAGGAAAACGGUAAAGUUGCGACAAAGGCUAUGGGUAAGUUACAGCACCCCGAUUGGAAGGAUGCUGGCGAAGCGCUCGGUCGUCAAGACAUGGCUGGAGUCAUGAUGCCUGCUGGUAAAGCCGAGGAUGUCAGCUCGACGUUCCCUCAGCCUUCUGUCAAGGUCGAAGAUAACUGGAAUGAGUACAUCGUUUACGACGUCGCCCAAAUUCGUACGAGGUACCUUUUGAUGGUGCAGUUUGGUUAG